GGCGUCGUGGUGAAAAUCGGAGCAAAUAUGACCAAGGCAUUAGCCUUACCUGUGAACUCACAUGUAUGCGUGUGACAUAAAGAAUUAUAUAAAGAAGACAGCAUUCGUGUGUUCAUUCAGUUGUGUCCAUAUAAAUAGUCUGUACACUAAUACCAAUUCACAGUGGGCUUUUCAACACAGUGGAUUUACGUGUAGUCACACAAGACUGACCAGUAGAGCUGCGGUUGAGAGCUAUUGGUACAUGGUGGGCGAUUCAACUGAUGGAACAACUUUAGACGACAGUCUUUUGGAUUAUUAGUUUCAUGUGUAAUAAAUCCGAUUCAUCAACGGUAAUUAAGAAACCAAUUGAAAGUGAGAAAAACUCUUGCCCGGCCUUUAACGGAAGCACAGCAACGGUGCUAGAACUUGCCGAGAUGUAUCGAACGCUGGGCUUCCUCUUAGCGUUCGUAACACUGCUCUCGUGUGUCACUGAAACGUCAUCAAACUCUUCAGAUGACGCAAUUAAGACAUUGAAGCAAAUCUAUGGAGCGUUCGAUGGUAUAUUUGACUGUGUUGAUCUGGUCUGCGCCCCCAUAGAGACGACAUACCUGUUAUUCGGCUACACUAGAAGUCUCGAGACACAAAUGAGGGUCUUGAAAACUCUAUUCAUAGACAAUUUGGAGAGAUUGUUGAAAAUGGCGGGAAAGAUUCCCAAAAUAGGCGCCUUUUUCACUGUUCUAUCACGCAUGGUCAAAUUCGUUGGAGCAUCGGUAAAGAAAGGUCAGCAGACUAUGGACAGGUUCAAUGACCGCACUAAACCUUAUUGGGAUAAAGUGGAAAAAGCCGGGGACAACUGUUUCAAGAUCGGGAUGGGUGUAGCAGGUUUCAGAAUGGCGGGCUAUCUUGCUUUCCAGAACAUUAGUGAGGCCGAAGAGCAGGUAAAACUUCUUCCAAACCCAUCAAUGGCCUCCCUUGAUAAAGUCUGCCAGAACGGAAUUUUGCCCUUAAUCCAACCAAUCUUUGGUGUCGUGAAUGUGGUUGCAAAGUUCUGCUCGAGAUGGGUGGACGUCAAGGACCAGUACACAUUUGGCAUUGUGCGUAAGAAGCGCGACGUUGACAAUGACAAUACUAAUGAGAGAGACAUGGAAUCGUAUGAACGCUACAGAGAGAUCCUAAAGCGCGUGACUGAAGAUAGAUACCAAGGGGAGACCCAGAUGGCUCAACAGGACGAAGAAUUGAUGAAACCGGAACGUACAGAAAGUGGACACUCUGAUAAGAAGCAGCAGAUUGAAGAAGAGUCUUUAAAGCGUGAAUAUAUAGAAGGGGGACUCUCUGAAGAGGAGCAAAUUUUGGCAAUGACUCUAAGAGGAAUCCAAGGAGCCGAAGAUGCUUUGUAUCCAAUAGUGAAAUCGACACAGAGUGUACACGACACGAUCACCAAGAUAACAAAUGUAUUCAAACCAGCCAAGGGUUUCUUGGAGAAAAUUGACGCUGCGAUGAGCAAGAAGUUCUGUCUCCGCGAUUACCUCACGGGAAAGUAUCACCUGAUGGCUGCAAAGGCUUUUUACAAUCUAGGACAGAAAGCUGCCAAUGCGAUUGCAAAUGCUGCAACAACUGUUGUCAGGUCUAAGCCAGUACAGGCUGUGGUUAGGACAGUCAGGUCCGCUGUCAGAUCCGUGGGACGAUUCGUGAGACGAGUUCGUCUUGGCGGUUGGAAAAGACGUAAGCGUAACGUCAACAAAGAGGUGAUUGACGCAUUUGCAUCGUACAGUCAUGAUGAUCUUGAGAGAAUCAAGCGACUUCUUGAGGAGGCCAAAGCAAAGCGUGAUUUAGAGAAAGAAAAUGUUGUCGAAAUCGAAGAACCAACUACGGAAAACAUAGAUAAAAAGACGGCACACGAGGAUCCAAAUAACGUCGAUGAAAUCGAACGCUACGUCGAGGCGUUAAAGAGAGAAGUCAUGGAAAACUUGGUUCUUACUGAAGAAGAUUUUACUAAAGCUUUCAAGAAGAUGUCCAGGGAUGAACUAGAUAUUGUCAAAAGAAUAUUAGAGGGAGAACAAGAAAGUGGCCUCAAUCCUGAAAAAAGGCUGUUAAAGAUCGCCAUACCUGACCUUUGUUUCUCGGUGAAGGAUAUCCUUGAUGGGAUUAGCGGCUUUCUGGACAUUCUGAUGGCUCCAGUGAAUCUCCUUUUGGACAAGAUCAUUGAACAUAUACCCGGCGUGGACCUCAUCAGUAUGCCAAGCUUAGACUUCCUGAAUAUAGUUGAUGCCUCCAAGUUCUGGCCCGAUAAUCUGAACAUGAACAUGCCUCUAGGCUUUGACAUGGACGUUAUGAAGAGACUAAAGUACAUAAAUACCCGUUGUAUAUAUGAUAUUGGAGAGAACGCCAGGAGAGGAUCCGUUGCUGUCCCGUCAACGUGUUCCUCGUAUGUCCGAGGCUAGCUCGAUAACGUAGUGUGGAUAUUUCGUCGGUUUGCGUCUGUAUCUCAUCGUCCCUCUUAUGACACAAUGUGGAUAAAAUAAUAACGGAGUGUGGAUAUUUCGUCGGUUGGCGUCUGUACCUCAGCGUCCCUCCUUCAACCAACCGCGUUUAUCAUAGCAUUCUACAAUAUAACAAUGGUCAUAUAAAUAGAUGCCAGUGGAAUGGUUAUGGAAAUCAACUCUUUGCCAAAAUAACAGUGAAAUAAUUAAAAUCUAAUACUUCACCAUAUUUGAUAAUAAUUUCCAUAUUUCUCCCUAUGUCGAUGUUGAUUUUGACAUUUUGUAUUUUUUGGUUUACUAUAAAACGUAAACCAUACUGUUUAUGAUCGUAUUGUAUCAAUUGUUAUUGUAAUUAUAUUCUGCCAUAUAUUAAUAAUAAUUUCACUGCCAUAUUUCUAUUUAAGUUCGUCUUCUUGUUCUGUUUGGUCAUUCAUAAUUACUCUAGUUUUAACAAAGUUUAUUUAAGUGUCAGACGUGUACAAAUUACAAUUAAAACAAUUCAUAUACAAUUGAUAUAUGAAAGGAGUAAAAGAAUAUGUGCAUGACCAGCUGUUGCCGUUAUGACACAAUGUGGAUAAAAUCAUAAUAGAAAAUGAAAGAACCUGGUAUUGUAUUACAAACAUUUCUUGUCAGGUUUGUUUUUGACGGGGGUAUUUUAGGUCCAUACACUCCAAAUCUUACUUUCCAGUUUUCACUAUACCUUGCAUUUGGUGUUCAUGAGCAACCCAUUUGGCUUAUUAGUAAUGAUUAUGUUAUUUGUUUUUAUUUGUCUAUUCCUUAUUAAUGUUUAUUGGGUGACUGUCAGAAUGUUAAAUAAGG